AUGUCUGACCCAGAGACGACGCAAGAGACGAAGCAAUGUCGGAUAUGUUUCGAAGGCGAGGAUCCCGACCUCGGCCGCCUCAUUAGACCAUGCCUUUGCAAGGGCACCAUCAGCCAUGUGCACGUCAAAUGCCUCCAGCGAUGGCGCAACUCAUCUGCGAACCACAGUGCUUUCUAUUCAUGCCCGCAGUGCGGCUACAAGUACCACUUCGCACGUACCCGAGUUGUUGGGAUUGCUACUAAUCCUGUCGCCGUUGCGGUGGUCUCGUCCUUCCUCUUCACGAUUCUGGUCAUGUGCAGCUCGUUCGUCACAACCUCCCUAUUGUCCGAUGAGGGAGACUCGAUGUACCUCUACGGAUUCUACUCUCCAUUGGAAGUCAUCCAGAACCUUGUUCGGGCGACUAUAAGUAUAUUCGUCGACGAUCGAUUACUGGACGAAGCUGUUCUGCAGAGCUCUCGCCGUCGGUCGAUACCUACUAUACGCAACUCGAGCAAACCGCCUGGAUUACUGAAGCGCUUUGUGCGCCGCUUCCUCCUGGGGCUUCCUGUCGUCGGCGCUGGCUCGAUCGCGCAUAUGCUACUCUCGGUGCCCUUGCCUUUCCACUGGGUCAGGUUCAGAGCAUACAACAGAGGGCGAGAUUCGCGGGAUCUUGUGGCUCUAUUCAUAGUGGCAAUUGUGUUGAUGGGCGCUGCGAGAGCGCUCUAUAAGGUGUUCAAGCUGACCGAGAAACUCACUAAGCGUCUGUUGUUGCGCGCUGAGGAUGCUAUCCUUGAAGUGAAUUAG